AUACUGUUCAGUCGGUUGUUCAUUCUAAUAUGUGAGGCGUUAACAGUGAUACAUUAAGGCUGAACAUUGUGCUCUGAUUGAGUUUCAUUUCAUAGCCUGAAGCGUUUUCCUUUAAAAUUGUGACAUUUAAAUAGAUUUCAGAGCAAAUUGAAGUGGAUAUUAUUUGUGUAGUGUAUUAACAGUGAAGUUUUGCCAACAUUCUUUAUAGUGUGAGGGAGCAUAAUAUUUAAUAUUGAUUAGGAUUAUCUCAUCAGUUGGCCAAAGAGAGUGAAAUCUAGCCGCGUAUCGAACCAGUCUGCGAGUGAAGCAGUGGGUCCAGUUGUCGACAUGUCAAUCAACAAUGGCGAGGACGUCAUACAGGCCACCAGCGAGAGUUUCUGGGAGGUGGGCAAGUUUGUACGCACUGUGAAACGUGUGGACAAUGGCUACAGUUUAUGCAGUAGUUUGAAACAGUUGAUAAACACUCGUGCAGAGAUCGAACGGAGUUACUCAAAACAGUUGACAUCAUGGUCCAAAAAGUGGAAUGAGUUUCUCGAUAAAGGCACUGAGUACGGCACGACCCAGGGGGCCUGGCGAGGGGUCCUCGAGGAGGCCAACAAGGUGGCGAACCUGCACACGGACAUGGCGGACAAGCUGGUGAACAAUGUGAUAGUCUCCAUCAAGCAGUGGCAGAAGGAGAGCUACCACAAGUCCAUGAUGCACUUCAAGGAGACCAAGGAGUUUGAGGAUGGAUUUAGGAAGGUCCAAAAGCCGUGGGAAAAGAAGCUGAACAAAGUAUUGACAGCAAAGAAGGACUUCCACAACGCAUGUAGAAAUGAGAAGAGCACAGCGAACCAAGAGAAUAACGCUCGGGCUGACACGGCCAUGUCUUCUGAUCAGUUGAAGAAAUUACAGGACAAGUUAAAGAAAUGCCAAGCUGAUGUAGAGACAACACAGGCCAAAUAUACAGCAAGUCUCAAUGAUUUGAAUGGCUACAACGCAAAAUAUGUCGAAGAAAUGACAGAGGUGUUUAACAGCUGUCAGGAAUUUGAAAGACGCAGAAUAGAAUUCAUAAAAAAGACAAUGUUUGACAUCCAUCAGUGUUUAGACCUCUCAGUAGACACAAACUAUUCCCAGGUGUACACAGACCUCCACCACACCAUCAGCAGCACAGACUCUGAGAAGGACCUGCGCUGGUGGUCUAAUACGCACGGUGCCGACAUGCCCAUGAACUGGCCAGUCUUUGAGGAAUACUCACCUGACCUCAAACCCAUACAUGGUAAGGAGAAAAAGAUGACCUCAACAGAGGGUAUAACGAUUACAAGUAUCCGACAGAACCCUGACAACUUUGUGCCAAGCUCCAACCAGCGUGGCAACCGCGACUCUCAGUUGUCCCAGAAAUCUCAGUCCUCGAACAACAACCCUGCGUACAGCAACUCCGUGCCCCAACCAUCACCCCCGCAGGUCAAGGCCUCGUCACAAUCUGUAUCACAGCAGCCAACUGCAAGGCAGAUCUCAUAUGACGAUUCUUUAAAUCCAUUUGGUGGUGAAAACCCCUCUCCGACUGCUGAGAGCUCAAUUUCAAAUGCCAACACUAGUAAUAGCGAGAACCAAUCCAGUGUGGCAAACCCUUUUGGUGAUGGAGAUGAUGAGGAUGAGCAGGUAUCCAACUCUGGCUCGGGUGUAGGGAGUGAGACCAUGGGCUCUGUGAUGUCUGUGCCAGCGCGUGUUGUGUAUGACUACAAGGCUGAGGAAGAUGAUGAGAUUAGCGCUGAGGCCGGUGAGGUGAUCACACGGCUGUCAGAGCAGGAUGACAUGGGCUGGGUGAAGGCGAGGACUAAAGACGGACGCGAGGGGCUGAUCCCCUACGGCUAUGUGGAGGACAUUGAAUGAGGGGACCCACUGUGUUAUACCACCAGCAUUUUGAUCAGCACAUCUUCCUUAAGUCUACGCGAUUGACUGUCUCUUUGAAAGACGGUCAGGUGCUGUUCCUCUGUUUAUAGCUGACUCUUCAUGGAUUGGUUAAGAAAUAUGUGUUUUGUAGUUACUGUUAAAUGUUGUUGUUAAACUUGAGACUUGUCGUUAUUUACAUAAAAUAAAAGCAUAUAAAUUUGAGCUGGUGAGAAAUCUAAGCAAUAUGUAUGUAUAAAUAAGACACCACGAAACCUGUCAGCACCCUAUAUGAACACCUGUCAGACAAUUGGUGAUGCAACACACGUUUGCACAACCUCCUUGUCUUGCUUUUUCUUUGUACUAUUAUGAUGCUGGACAUACAGAGGGAUAAUAUGAAAUUUGCAGCAAGACUUCGAAUUUUUGUCAGGCAUGUUCAAUGCUUCCAUUACCAGCUUUAUCUUAUGAAACAGGGUUAAUUUCUUACUUUUCCAUCUAAUUCUACUGGCAUCUAAGGUAUGUAAUAUAUCCAUUUUACAUCAGAUUGGCAAAAUGUUCAAAUAUGGGGAUCUUGCUGUUAAGGUAUAGGAUUGGCUAAUGUUAGGUCAAUUUAAAAUGUCUCUUAUGAAACAAAGUUAUUUAUCUGCCUACUGGUAUGUUUUGUUUAACUCCAUGCCCUGGAAUACCAGUGAAGAAGGUCUUGGAUCAUGAGAUUAGCAAUGGAAUAAUUAUGUGAAACACUUAGAGGAAAAUACUUUUGAAAUGAGCUGUAAUAUGUUAUAUUAUGGGCUUGAUGCAAUUGAGAAUAUUGCAGCAAUACUGAUAACAUUUUACUAAUAAAUUAACAUGGUAGAUGCAUUUAAAAGAAUGUGCUGACAACAUACGAGUACUUUUGUAUGGUUAAGGUGUAGACUAUUAUAGUUGUGGCAGCUUGAAUGUUUUAAGUGAAUGGGAGGGUGGAUGCCACAAUAUAUUUCUGUUAGCCAGGUGGUCUAGAGGUUUGAAAUAUGUCGGGACUUGGGUUUGGGACACUAAAUGUGAAACAUAUCCACCUGUCUUACAUUUUUGUUUGUGAUGCAUUGCUGGCACACUCAAUAGUUCAACAUUAUGAACUAUUUGAUAAUUUAAAGUGCUUUUCUGUUAUCUGGUAGAUUACUUGAAUUAUCAGUGCUGGUUUAUUUAUGUGUACAUUACAGUGUAAAAUAUAAAUCAGCUUUUUUACGUUCAAAAUGCAUUAAUUGUCUAAACAUGUAUUAAAUCGGGUCAAUAUUCAUAUAAAAUUUAGAUUUUAUACAAUUUGUUAUAUAUUUGUUUCAUAUAAAUUGUAUAUUUUAUGUCAUUUAUUUACAAACAUUAGUAUAUUCCUAAAAUUGUACAUUCUGUAAAUUAACAUUUGUGUGUAAUGUGUAGAAGAUAACAUCAAUAUAUUUUAUUUCAAGAGUAAAACAAGUUGGUAUUUUUUACUCAGUGAAUCUUACAAAAGUAAAUAAGAAAGCAAAAAGUGUUGGAAAAUUGUUAGUUUUUUUCUUGUUCUUUGUACCUUAAAAGUAAUAACUAGUAGGAUAACUGUGUUUUAAUCGUUCAUGUUUUCUUUAAAUCAUAACCAUAUAAAAUAUAUCAGAAUACAUGUAAAUACAAAGCACUAUCUUUACUAACGGUUGCUAUUUAUUUCUAUAGGCAUAUACUGAUUUAAUAUGUGUCUUGUUCUGACAAAACUGGGCAUAAUGCAUGUGCGUAAAGUGCCGUCCCAGAUUAGCCUGUGCAGUCCACACAGGCUAAUCAGGGAUGACACUUUCCGCUUAAACUUUAUUUUCGGUAACAAGGGACUUCCUUCAAACUAAAAAUACCAUAAAAGCAGAAAGUGUUGUCCCUGAUUAGCCUGUGCGGACUGCACUUUACGCACAAGCAUUAAGCCCAGUUUUCUCAGAACAAGACACAUAUGUAUUCUGUAUAUGUAAAAUACUCACUCAUAGCUGUGCUGUAUAUUUUAGCUUGUAAACUAAAAUGAUUUGGAUUGUUCACGAUGCCAAAAUGCCUUCAUAUCAAAAGUAUCUGCUUAAUAGUAUACUGAGAAAACUGGGCUUAAUGCUUGUGCGUAAAGUUAAUAAUACUGUUUUAUCAGAUACCCAUAUCUCUAGCAUUUUUGACUGUUAUAUUGCGCUGUUAAAAAGAAACAUUCAUUCAAAUGUGCACUUUACCAUGGAUACUAAUCAGUGAAAUUCUGUUUAUUUUCUUUGAAGUAUUUGUUAAGUACUUGAGUAGUUUAAAGAAUAUUGCUCACUCUGUGGAAUAUUUAUUAUAUAAACUGAACCAAACAAGCAUGGUUUGAAAAAAUAGUGAAAAGUGCAACAUUAAUUUGUGUUAUUCUGUUGUCAGUUCUAAUAGCUAUUUUUGUAUUGCGUCAAUAUUGCAUGUUCAUUAAUGUAUAUAUGCUGCAGACUUUGGAGUUCUAAUGUUGACACAAACAUGUUAAAAAUGGCAUUAUUAAGAUGCAGAUUUUCUCUUUAUUGAAUUUUUGCCACAUUGUUACCAUAGUACGCUGCUGGAAGAUUGUUGACAAUAUUAAUAAUUUGGAACAAAAACCAUCUGCUUGUACAACUGAUAUUGUAUACAAGACUUUCAUUUUAGUACAACAGGUUUUUUAGUUAAGUCCUGAUGAUUGCCAUCAUUUAUGUCCCUUAAGGUAAAUAUUUUAUCGAAAACUAUUUCAAUAUCUAGUACAUAUUCAUGUCAAAUACCAAAUCAAGGUAUUAAGUAUUUUCCUUCCGUGAAAAGUUGGAUGCAAUGUUUUGUCCCGCUAGUUGUAUUUUGUCUGCACUUCUUUGUGCUUAUGUAAAUAGUUGUGUGAACAUAACAUAUAUAUGUGUAUCUGAUAUUUGUUCUGUAUGCCACUGUGUAUGCAUAUAUAAAUUGUGAUUUACAGACUUAUAUAUAUAUAAGUCUGUAGCAAGUUUGUUUACAUAAAUAAUACUGUAGUUACUAUAAUAGGACAUAUAUCUGUUAUGAUUUGAUUAGAAAAAUAUGCACACAAUAUUGUGGUACUGUUCUUGGCAUUUUCUGUCAAUUACAAACAGUUGUGUUUAAUGUUUGUUAGGGUAUGUGAUGUUUCAAGUGUAUUAUUCUAUUUUUUAUAGGAACUUGUAUAAAUAUUCAAAUGUAUAUAUACAACAUAAAUAUACAUUAUUUAAUUAUAUUGUUUUCAAAGUGUAUUUGAAUAACACAUUUUAUUUUGUAUUAAAAACAGAGGUAGUUUCUUUCCUGCAACAAAUUUAAGCUGAUUGCUAAUUUCCAUGUUUGUAACAAGGUCCAACAAAAUCAUAAAUGGGUUUAUGCAGUUAACUACCAAGAUUUGUUUCCAUAUUGGUCAUUAAGGGACUUUUGGAAAUCUGGCUUCUCCUACUGUUUUGAAACCAGGACAGCUGGGCAUGACUUGGUAGAGAGCUUGACUUCCCAGUCAAGCUCAAAUUGACAUAAUUUUUAGAGUGACUUACAAGCCAGGAAGAUUAAAUGCAAGCUGAACCCUGCCAGUUAAAAUGUGCCAAGAUAUUAUUUAUAUUGUCAUUAUCAGGAUAUUCCUGAUUUAAGUAACACAGUUUGCAUUAACUGGCAUGAGUAUAUGCGGAAAAUAUAAAUAUAGAGUUUCUUGGUCCAACUGUGACAAACAUUGUUGACAAAAUGUACUUGUAUUUUCUAGAUAUCUCUGCCAGCAUGAUGUUUUAAAUUUCUUAAUAAGUAGACAUAAAAAUAUUUUUGCUAGGUCAGUUAUAUGCAAAAUAUUACAUUUUGGCAGUGUGGUCUUAAAUGUUUUCUUCAUUAAAAUCCCCUUAAGUACUUUAUGGAAGAAGGUUGUGUCUUAAAACAAUUUGAAGACAAUUUCAAAUUUCUAUCUCUAAUCCUUUAAUGAAUUCUUUAAAUUUAAUGCCAAAGCUCGGUCUGUCUCUAGAAGUAUGUUUCAAUUUUUAUAUCGUCUUGAACAAUAAUCAGUGUGUUUAACAUAUCUAUACUAAAUGCGUGUAUUUAAGUGGAAUGCAUGUUCAAUUUCUGUUAAAGUGAAUACCAGUUUGGUAUUAAUCAUUUCAUUAAUUGUUAUUGUUGUAUAUAGUGUAAUCACGGGAAUAUAGAUUAUAUAAGUUAUUCAUUUAUUCAGCAAUUUAUUUCAUUAAUAAUAAAUUACCAGUAAAUACGU